CGGCCAGGACCCGCGGCGCGACCGCGGCGCCGCGCCACAGCCAGCCUCGCGACAGGAAACAAUGAAGGGAGACAGCAGACAUCUGAAUGAAGAGGAGGGUGCCAGUGGCUAUGAGGAGUGCAUCAUCAUCAAUGGGACCUACAGUGACCAGUCCUCAGACACGAAGGAUGCUCCCUCACCCCCUGUCUUGGAGGCAAUCUGCACAGAGCCAGUCUGCACACCAGAGACCAGAGGCCGCAGGUCAAGCUCACGGCUGUCUAAGAGGGAGGUCUCCAGCCUUGUGAAUUACACGCAGGACAUGACAGGAGAUGGAGACAGAGAUGAUGAAGUGGAUGAUGGGAAUGACUCUGAUAUUCUAAUGCCAAAGCUCACCCGUGAGACCAAGGACACCAGGACACGCUCUGAAAGCCCGGCUGUCCGAACCCGACAAAGCAACGGUACCUCCAGCCUAGAGAAGCAAAGAGCCUCCCCCAGAAUCACCCGAGGCCGGCUGGGCCGCCACCAUGUACAGGAGUACCCCGUGGAGUUCCCGGCUACCAGGUCUCGGAGACGUCGAGCAUCGUCUUCAGCAAGCACGCCAUGGUCAUCCUCUGCCAGCAUCAACUUCAUGGAAGAAGUGACACCUAAGAGCAUCAGUACUGCAUCAGUUGACUUUAGCCAGGACGGAGAUCAGGAGGCCAUGGAUACCACACAGGUGGAUGCAGAGAGCAGAGAUGGAGACAGCACGGAGUAUCAGGAUGAUAAAGAGUUUGGAAUAGGUGACCUCGUGUGGGGAAAGAUCAAGGGCUUCUCCUGGUGGCCUGCCAUGGUGGUGUCCUGGAAAGACACCUCCAAGCGCCAGGCCAUGCCCGGAAUGCGCUGGGUACAGUGGUUUGGUGAUGGCAAGUUUUCUGAGAUCUCUGCUGACAAACUGGUGGCUCUGGGGCUGUUCAGCCAGCACUUUAAUCUGGCCACCUUCAAUAAGCUGGUUUCUUAUAGGAAGGCCAUGUACCACACUCUGGAGAAAGCCAGGGUGCGAGCGGGCAAGACCUUCCCCAGCAGUCCUGGAGAUUCACUGGAGGACCAGCUGAAGCCCAUGCUGGAGUGGGCCCAGGGUGGCUUCAAGCCCACUGGGAUCGAGGGCCUCAAACCCAACAACAAGCAACCAGUGGUUAAUAAGUCGAAGGUGCAUCGCUCAGGCAGUAGGAACUUAGAACCCAGGAGACGCGAGAACAAAAGUCGAAGGCGCACAACCAAUGACUUUGCCGCUUCUGAGUACUCUACCCCACCCAAGCGCCUCAAGACGAAUAGCUAUGGUGGGAAGGACCGAGGGGAGGAUGAGGAGAGCCGAGAACGGAUGACUUCUGAUGUCACCAACAACAAGUGCAAUCUGGAAGACCGCUGUUUGUCCUGUGGUAAGAAGAACCCUGUGUCCUUCCAUCCCCUCUUUGAGGGUGGGCUCUGUCAGAGUUGCCGGCAGGAGCCACCCAAGUUGUACCCAGCAAUUCCUGCAGCCAAAAGGAGGCCCAUUAGAGUCCUGUCUCUGUUUGAUGGAAUUGCGACAGGGUACUUGGUGCUCAAGGAGUUGGGUAUUAAAGUGGAAAAGUACGUUGCCUCCGAAGUCUGUGCAGAGUCCAUCGCUGUGGGAACUGUUAAGCAUGAAGGCCAAAUCAAAUAUGUCAAUGACGUCCGCAAAAUCACCAAGAAAAAUAUUGAAGAGUGGGGCCCAUUUGACUUGGUGAUUGGUGGAAGCCCAUGCAAUGAUCUCUCUAAUGUCAAUCCUGCCCGCAAAGGUCUAUAUGAGGGCACGGGAAGGCUCUUCUUCGAGUUUUACCACUUGCUGAACUAUACACGGCCCAAGGAGGGCGACAACCGCCCAUUCUUCUGGAUGUUCGAGAAUGUUGUGGCCAUGAAAGUGAAUGACAAGAAAGACAUCUCUCGAUUCCUGGCAUGUAACCCAGUGAUGAUCGAUGCCAUCAAGGUGUCUGCUGCUCACAGGGCCCGGUACUUCUGGGGUAACCUACCCGGAAUGAACAGGCCCGUGAUAGCUUCAAAGAAUGAUAAGCUCGAGCUGCAGGACUGCCUGGAGUUCAGUAGGACAGCAAAGUUAAAGAAAGUGCAGACAAUAACCACCAAGUCGAACUCCAUCAGACAGGGGAAAAACCAGCUUUUCCCUGUAGUCAUGAAUGGCAAAGACGACAUUCUGUGGUGCACUGAGCUCGAAAGGAUCUUCGGCUUCCCUGCUCACUACACGGAUGUGUCCAACAUGGGCCGCGGCGCCCGCCAGAAGCUGCUGGGCAGGUCCUGGAGUGUGCCAGUCAUCAGACACCUGUUUGCCCCCUUGAAGGACUACUUUGCCUGUGAAUAGUUCUACCCAGGACUGGGGAGCUCUUGGUCAGAGCCAGUGUCCAGAGUCACCCCUCCCUGAAGGCACCUCACCUGACCCCUUCCUUAGCUCACCUGUGUGGGGCCUCAUAUCACUGUACCUCAGCUUUCUCCUGCUCAGUGGGAGCAGCGCCUCCUGGCCCUUGCAGGGGAGCCCCGGUGCUCCCUCCCGUCUGCACAGCUCAGAGCUGGCUGCUUAGAGUAGCCUGGCAUGGUGCUCAUGUUCUCUUCCCCUGAAGCUUUAAAACUUGAAGUAGGCAGUAAGAUGGCUUUCUUUUACCCUCCUGAGUUUAUCACUCAGAGGUGAUUGCUAAGAUACCAAAAAGAAAGAAAGAAAGAACAAACCCAAUAGCUCUCUUAGUACUCAGGUUUAUGCUGCAGAAUCACUUGAUUUUUGUUUUUAAGUAACCCAUGCUCCACACUUGCUGGAGGAUGCUAUUGUGAAUGUGGGCUCAGAUGAGCAAGGUCAAGGGGCCAAAAAUUUUUUUGGUUUGUUUUGUUUUUUUCCCUAGGGGUAUUUGAAGAUGACGUUUAUGGCUUAAGUCUUCCUGUCAUCUUCCCCUUGCUUUGGUACAAGGUCUGAAAUCCUGUUGGUCUUGUAGCAUUUUCCAGUGUCAUGAUGUCAGCAGGGAUGAUGUCACCGCCUUACGGCUUUUCCCUGGGUAGGGGCCCAUGUGGCUAGUUCCCAUGAAGACUGGAGUAGAAUGUUUGGAGCUCAGGAAGGGUGGGUGGAGUGGCCCUCUUCCAGGUGUGAGGGACGCGGAGGAGGAAACUUUGGGAAACCCGUUCCCCACUCCCUCUUGCCAAAUGAGGGGGCCUGGUCCCCAACAGCUCAGGUCCCCAGAUAAAUAUGACCCCCUAGUUAUUCAUGAGAAGCCAAGACCAGAAGCUCAUUGUCUUCCCUCAUCUAAGUGAUGUUUGGGGAAACUACAGUGAAAAGCUUCUGGAGGUUUUUAAAAAGCUUUUUACCCCGUUGUAGACAUUGUAUUUUUAAGGGGUGCUUUUUUUUAGGGGCAUCACUGGAGAUGAGAAAGCUGCAUUUCAGAAAUGCCAUCGUAAUGGUUUUUAAACACCUUUUACUCUAAAUACAGGUGCUAUUUUCUAGAAAGCAGACAAUACUCAGAGGUUUUUUUAUAUACUUUUUAUGACUCUCAGACUUCUAUUUUCAUGUUACCACUUUUUUAUAACUGGUGCAGUGAGGACUUUAGGAACGUCACAGGUGUGGGGAGCCUGCCUUGUCUCAACAGUUUGUCUCCACUGGUUUCUGAUUUUUAGGUGCAAAGAUGACAGAUGCCCAGAGUUUACCUUUCUGGUUGAUUAAAGUUGUAUUUCUCUA